CUUAUACAAAAUUUUAUUAAAAUAAAACCAUUUAAACUGGGUGUUCGGAUUUAUAUGUCACUUAGUAUAUUUAUGUACAUUUUCAUUAUUUAUAAAUGAACUUUAUUCUGUUCAACCAAAUCCCAAUGUAUAGAACGUCAACUGGACAAAAACAACAAAAAUUGAUCUCUAUAAUGAAUUAGUACAUUUCUCCAUGUACAGUAUGAAGGAUCCUUUAAACCUACUUGGUUGUGCAACUGGGAAGUACCCAAAAUAACAUCUGCAAGGCCUAAAAGAAGAAUUGGCAUUACAAGUCCAAUAGCUGAUGAAAGGGGUCAUCUUCUUCCAAGUGUUCCAAGAAGACAACUAGAUCCUUGGGGAGAUUUCCAAAGUUCUUGGAGACUGCCUAAGAAGAUUGACAGAAGAACUGCGAACAAAAUCAGUGGUUUGGAAAAAUUAGAAAAACUCAGACAAUCCAAAAAACAAAGUAUAGAUAAGAAGUCUAAACAAGAGUAUGAAAAGGAAGACCAGACAAAAGAACAUCUUGGGACAAAGGAAGAUCAUGAUACGAAAGAGAUCAGAGAUGAAAUGAAAGAUGAAAAUACUCGGGAAGGUAAUAAAGAAAAUUUGAACGCCUCAAAUAUUCAGCCUUACGUCCCAGGUGAUUUCACUGAAGAAAAUCGUCCAGACAGUUAUUAUGAACUUGCUAAAAAUCGCUAUCCAAGUAGAGAACCAGAGAUACGAAGAGGCUUUCCAAAAGUCAGAGAAGACUUCACUAGACGCGAUCAAGCACAAGAGGGACUGACACAAAAUGCCAGUCAACCCUGUGAACUAAAGGAAGAUAUGAAACACUGCGAAUCAAGACCAAAAACAACGGGAUCUUCUAAAGAAAAGUCAUCUAGGCUGUCAUCGCCUAUUUUGAAUGCUAUUUCCAAUUUUUCCUUGGCAAAAAAGUUGCAUCGAGAAAAUUUGGAGCAUCAACCACUGCCUGAUACAGUUACCCAUGCUGCUUAUCAGAAAUUGCAGAUGCAGAGAGCUGAAGAACCUGGUCUUGCACUUGACGAGGAGUGCAAUGUAACAGGUAUAGGUUACAAAGGCUACCCAGGUUAUGGACCUACCAGAUGCACCAAAUUCAAAGUAUUUCGACCAAAAACCUGGGCACCAAAGUCCAACGAAGAUGACUUGAACUCCAUCACGAGUUUUGACAGAAGAUGGCGAUUUAUCCGACAGAGAAAAGUUGCACCUAUGGACCUGGCAAUAUGUUGGGACCUUACUCCAGAAGACCCUAAUGAUGAGCCCAAACCACCUCCUCAUAUUGAUGGUUCGAAUGGCUCUGUCGCACCCGCUGUCUUCACCCUGGUCCAGACACCUAAAGACGAAGAACAGAAAGAACCAGAAAUGAACGAAGAAAACUGUGAUGGUAUUCACGGCUGUGGCCCCAUGUUUGACCAUUCAAACAAGGGAGACGACACCAAGGACUUCUUUUUCCAUAGGACCAAGACUCCAACAGACAGCGUUCACGAGCAUACUAGAAGGUCAAGCGAAUCAUCCCGCGCUAAAAGCGCUUACAUUGUUAAAAACAAUAUUUCUGUAGACAGUACCUUGAGAUCCCGAGCAAAGAGUGCUGUUAACGUUCACGAUAUUGAUAGAAGCUCUAAUAGUAGUUCAAACUCAAAGGGCAGUUGUGGUUCUAACAAUAAAAACAAUGUAUAUAAGAGCACCCCAAAUCUCAAUAACAAUGAUGAUACUAGAUGCAACGCCGCGCACUGCUGUAGGAAAAAACAAAAACCGUUGUUCAACAAAUAUUGCGUUGCUUGCGAGCUUAAGAAGAAUCCGUUGAAAGACACUCGUCCAAAAGCGGAAUAUAAGAUGGCGUUUAAAGCUGGAGUGCCUCAAAAAACAGUAAGUAGAUCUUGGUAUUAUUUGAAAAUACCUAAACCAAGGAAUCCAUAUGCGUUUAGGAGUUAUACAAUAGAUAGUUUAGCCCCGCCCUUUUCUUUUCAGAAAGCUUGUAAUCGGGAGGAGUACCCCGAACAUUUUAGGUUGGCUACAGUCUACCAACAUUCGUAUAAACCGAUGGUAGCUAGGAAAAGACCCCUCAUGCAAACAAUUUUUAAGUAAACUGUUUGAAUCCCGCUAUUUCACAGCUUUUCCAACUUUGGCAUCUAUCGGGUUGGCUAAUAAAUAAGAGUGACACAUAUAACUUUAAGAUCUUAUUCAUGAAAUGAUGAUUGCUGGUCACUAGUUUUGUAAAAUCAUCUGUUGUAACCGUUCACCAUCAAAGUUUUUUCCUGUAAAAUAAUAAGUGGUCGGUAUAAACUGAAAUGUGUUGGGGUUAGGUAUGGUGAAUACGGAGGGUGUGGCACAAUUUUCUAGUUCAGAUCCAGCAGAUUUUGUCGGGUACUACGAGGUCGGGCACUGUCAUGGAGAAAAAAUAUUUUGUUCUGUGGACGCUUAUUAGGACGAAGUUCAAGCUUCAGAUUUUUAGUAGGAAGAAUUUCCCAGUGUAUUACUCCAUGUACAUCACUCUACACUGAGAAUAUCACCUUGCGAGGAUGAAUAUCUCUUUUUGCUGUAGAUUUGCCUGGUUGGGUCCAGCUACUGACGCCUGCGAGUAUGGUUGAAAUUAUCGAUAACCCCCUUUUCGUCUACAGUGAGAUGUUGUAGUCAGUUAAGGGUACGCCGAAACGAUGUCCAAAGACCUCUGCUCGAUAUGUAAGUUGAUUUGUGCUCAAUUGGUGGGGGUACCUAAACACCAAACUUGAAAGUCUUGGAAAUGAUUUUGUUUUGUGCAAAUCACGCGUACUGCUUCGAGAAUGUUCUGCAAUUAAUCUUCUAAGAUUAUGUUAGGGCCAUUUUCUAAGUGAGAACCGUUUUCUAAUGCGAGAGAAACUUUAUGAACGUAAAUUGUACCACAAACUAAGAUAUGGACUUUAUUUCAUUUUUCAAUACAGUCAUCCUAAACAUUUGAUCAUUGUCGAUUGGUGGCACCAGCUUAGUUACUAUUUCUUUCAACAUGUCAUCAUUUUCCAAGCCCUUUCCACCAAAAAAUUACUUAAGUUUCGGAAAAAGAUAAAAGUCUGAUGAUGUGAUGGUAAAUCAGGGCUGUAUGGUGGAUGAUCCAGUAAUUACCAACGAAGCUCAUCCAUUUGCGUACGUCUGUUAUGUGUUUUCACUCAUCUUUAGAACAUUAUAGAAAAAACUUUCACAAAAAAAAAUCGUUACGGGCAACCAAAAAUUAUACGAGUGAUAUGUUCCUCUGUUUCCCCUCCAAGUCCGGCGCAUCCAGUGUUGUCAGAUCGAACGCUACGGUGCCAGUCUUAUCACCUCGCAUGUAACGUGCAACUUCUGUAGCAACCAGAGUCAGAUACGGGUUUCAUAAUUGCUCAUUUUUUUCGUUGUACUUUAAGCAACGACAGGUGAAAUAUUUCUGACGUGCAUUGUCGCGAUUUGCUCAACACUCUCCACCAUGGAACGUUCUCGACUCUACUCCGGUUUUCUAGAAAACAAAAUCUGUGCUUAUUUUAUAUUAGCCAACUCAUUCCAUUUUCUAGUAAAGAGAUACCAAACUGGUUCACCGAAAAUUCGAAGACAUGAGGAAGUGAUAUAACAUUUUGACAAAUUAUAUAUAUGUAUUUAUAUACCUAAGGAUUAAAAAAUAAACCGGAUCCAUUCUUUUGUAAACGACGUAUUGUCUGAUAUUUCACAUAUUUCUCCGAUACUUUAUUGAUAUUUGAAAUAAAUAGGAGUUUCUCGAGAUUAUCAUAAUCAUAAAGUGAAUCAGUUUGAUAAUUUCCAGAGCAUCAUGGAAUAAUCAAUAGGGCCAAAUUCGGAAUUGGUAUAGCAUAUUUUAUUACCGUCUUUCAGAUUCAGUUACAAAUGUUAAUAAUGUUUUUGAACUAAAUUUUGUUGUUAUUACUUGUAAUUCUAUUAAUACUGUUAUAUUUUGUUGCC